AUGUCAUCUGAUCUAGAUAAGAAAUUGUGUUAAAAGCAUAAAUUAGAAAUUUUAACAAUAGAUUUAAAAUAAUCAACUGCUGAUGAGGAGAAAUACCUUUGUAUUAAGUGCUUAAUGGAAAAAAUUGAUAUUUAAAACAUGGCUUUGGUUGAAGAAACAAAAACAAUGAUUAAGUAAAUGAAAAGUGAGCAAUUGAAUAACAAAAUCAAAGAAUAUUAAAGUAGGAUUGAAAGCUUUAGAUAAAUACAAUCAUAAGUUAAAGAAUUUAAAUUAUUGAUCAACAACACUAUUGACAAAGUUUAAAGUAACAUAGAUUAGAAAAUCACUCUAAUGGAGAAUGAACUAGAUGAAUCAGAAUCAAAAACUUUUGUUUCUUCUUUUGAAGAAGAUGUCAAAAUAUUAUCAAAGAAUUACAAAGGAUCAUUUAGCUUUGAAGUUCCUAAAGAAUUGGAGAAGUUUCUAGAUGACAAUUCUUAUAUCGAUUCUAUUUAACAAUAGUUA